ACUCUGCUACUCUGGUAACCUGGUAGGAGUCUAGGAGCAUGUAGGAAGUACAUACAUAGGUAUGCUGUUAAUUUUGUUAUCAUUGCAAAUUUACCAAAAGUUUUUGGUUUGUUUUCGAGUGAAUCAUUUAUAUUACUGUGGUUGUGUACUGUCCUAAGUCCUAACGUGUGUUUGUGUAGUAUAAUAAUAAAUAUAAAUCAUAUAAUGUUAAAUAUACCUAUAUCUAAUGAGUAAUAGAAGAGAACAAAAUAUUGUUUGAUGAUAUUUUGUGGUUUGUACUUACCUACAUCAUAAAAAAAGAAGUGUUAAGUUUUGUUCUAAAACAUAAAGAUGACAUUUCAAUUAAAAAUGUUUUUUUAUUAAUAUUAUAUCCUCAAUCGGACUAAGUUGAAUUAUGUCAAAUUUUUCAUUGUUCAAUUUCACAUUUAUUCAUUGCUAAAUGGAAUCAGUAAACGUCAAAACUAAAGAUGACAUUUUGCAAAGACAUAGAAAUGAGAAAAAAGAUAUGCAAUGUAAGAUUCAAUCAAUGAAGAAGUCUGUAGCAAAAGGUGAUCGGAAAAAGAAGAAAGAAGUUGCUGAGCAAACAGCAGAAAUUGAAGCCAAAUUAAAGCAUAAACAUUUAGAAGAACUAAAUUCAUUUACUGAAGAAGAUGAAGAACCAUCUUUAAUUAAAAAUUUACAAGAAGUUAAAAUUAAUGAUACUACUGUUAAAGUUAGUAGAGCUGAAAAGCGGCGAUCAAAAAAAAUCACUCAAUUGAAAGAAAGACAAGCAUUAAUUGAAGAACACGAUAUUCAAAAUAUUGGUGGUACACGACAUAUAGAAACUCAAACUUUAGUUAAGAAACUCAAAAACCUGGGUUUUGUUAUUUUUGAUAUUCCUUCAGAUGGUAAUUGUUUAUAUAGUGCUGUUGUACACCAGCUUAAAGAAAUAUGUGGACAAACUUUUACUGUGUCUGAAAUUCGACUUAAAACUUCUGACUUUAUUAAAUGCAACAAAGAUGACUUUAUUCCUUAUUUGAGUCAUCCAGAUACUGGAGAGAUGUUAACAGAUCAACAAUUUGUUGACUAUUGCUAUCAAGUAGCAAAUUCAGUACAAUGGGGUGGUGAAAUUGAACUAAGAGCUUUAUCCCAUAUUUUCAAAAUACCAAUCAAAGUAAUUCAAGCUGAAGGAUCUGAUAUCACUAUUGGAAUAGAAUAUACUAAUUGUAAUAAAGUAUUAACAUUAGUGUUUCAUCGGCAUAUGUAUGGUUUAGGUGAACAUUAUAAUUCUGUAUGCUCAAUUUAGUGUAUUCAUGUUGUAUACUGAAUGUUUCUAAUAUUGAUUAAAUAUAUAAUUCAUUUGAAAAUUAA